ACACCUGCCACCACAACGACAUCAGCGCCCACAACGACACCUGCACUAACUACGACACCUGCCCCAACUACGACACAUGUUGCAACGACAACUAUCGCAACGACGACACCUGCCCCCACGACAACACCAGCCCCCACGACAACACCUACCCCCACGACAACAACACCUGCCCCCACGACAACACCUACCCCCACGACAACACCAGCCCCCACG